UGGCUGGAAGUGAAGAAAGAAGUCCUGAUCCAAAGCCAAGGUGGAACCCAAAACCAGAACAAAUUCGUAUACUUGAAUCUAUCUUCAACUCAGGGAUGGUAAAUCCACCGAGGGAGGAGAUAAGGAAGAUCAGAACUCAACUACAAGAGUACGGCCAAGUCGGCGACGCCAACGUCUUCUACUGGUUCCAAAAUCGAAAAUCAAGAAGCAAACACAAGCAACAACGCCACCUCCAAAACACCAAACCAAACACCGCCACCGCUCCGUCCUCAUCCUCGUCCUCCUCGGAGAAAUCUUCUCCCCAGUCUUCUGCUGAUAAUAUUGCCUUCUCGGUGGGUACGAAUUCUCCGACGGCAUCGGUAAACAAGACUUAUUUUCAGAAUCCGGCUGAGUUCUUGCCGGAACCCUACUUUCUUCCGGUGCAACAGGGUUCCGGAGGAGAAGCCUCAAACUAUGUUUUGAGUCAAGGGUUUUGCUUCCCUGAGCUAUCAAAUAAUAUGGUUCAUGUCCCUAAUAAUACAGAUCAGUCUGUUGGAAAUUGCUGUGGUUUUUUGCUCAGUGAGUUGAUGAUGAAUCAUGGGUCUCCAAAGAGAGUUGAAGAUGAGAAGUUGAAGCCUCAAGAACAGCUGAAUUACACUGCUACUCACCCUAUUGUUCCAUCUACCAUCAAUCACAUUCUAGGUGCAGGUACAGUUGUUGGCGAAUCAUCAGGCACAGUAUCAGAGGCAAGAUCAACGGUGUUUAUCAACGACGUGGCAUUUGAGGUGGCUGUGGGGCCCUUCAACGUGCGUGAAGCGUUUGGUGAUGAUGCAAUGCUCAUCCACUCCACUGGUCAACCAGUGGUCACCAAUGAGUGGGGUGUCACCCUCCAGUCACUCCAGCAUGGGGGGUUCUACUACCUGGUGCGCACGUUAACUCCCAUCAAUACUGUAUCAGAAACACAACUUAUUAUAUGAUAUAGGAGAAGUGUGGAAGUUGAAGGGACAGGCCAGCUUGUUCUUCAUUAAGGUCGCUUUCAUAUAUAUAUAUAUAUAUUUCAUCACUCUCUUUUUAUCCCUAAUGUGUGCAUGGAUAUUCCAUAUAUAUAUAUAUAUAUAUAAUCUUAUAUACAUAUAUUUGUGUAUGUAUUUUGGUCUUGUUUGAUACACAUGAAUUAAAUCACAAACAGGUGGAUGGUUUAUACAUAUUUUU